AUGGAGAAAGGAAAUUACUCAUUAGUAACUGAGUUUAUUCUCAUAGGACUGACAGACCAGCCAGAGCUCCAGCUGCCACUCUUCCUCCUAUUCCUGGGCAUUCAUGUAGUUACUGUGGUUUGGAACCUGGGCAUGAUCAUAUUGAUUAAACUCAGUUCCCACCUUCACACUCCCAUGUAUUAUUUCCUCUGCAGUUUGUCUUUCAUUGAUCUUUGUCAAUCAACUGUCAUCAUUCCCAAAAUGCUGGUGAACUUUUCAUCAGAGAAGAAUACCAUCUCCUACCCUGACUGCAUGGCUCAAUUCUAUUUUUUUGUCUUUUUUGCCAUUUCUGAAUGUCAAAUGUUGGCUGUGAUGGCAUAUGACCGCUAUGUUGCUAUAUGUCGCCCCCUUCUUUAUAGUCUUAUUAUGUCCUUUCAGAUGUGCUCAUGGUUGGUGGGUGGGGUGUAUGCAUUGGGCCUGAUUGGGGCCACAGUUCACACAGGCUGCAUGAUUAGAUUGCUCUUUUGUGAGGAAAAUGCCAUCAAUCAUUACUUUUGUGACCUCCUUCCACUCUUGAAGCUCUCUUGUUCCAGCACCUAUGUCAAUGAAGUGGUGGCUCUGGUCUUCAGUGCAUUUAAUAUCCUUUUCCCAACAUUGACCAUUAUUUGCUCUUAUGUUUUCAUCAUUGCCAGCAUUUUAAAAAUUCAGUCCACUGAAGGCAGAUCCAAAGCCUUCAGCACGUGCAGCUCCCAUAUUGCAGCAGUUGGUGUCUUCUUUGGCUCCACUGCAUUCAUAUAUCUGCAGCCAUCUUCAGUCAGUUCCACGGAUCAGGGAAAAGUGUCCUCUGUUUUUUACACUAUCAUUGUCCCUUUGCUAAACCCUCUCAUCUACAGUCUGAGAAAUAAAGAUGUCAAAAUUGCCUUUAGGAAAGAGAUAGACAGAAGAAAAUUCCAAUGA